AUGGAGGGAGAGAGCUCGCAGCCAUUGCACAGAGGAGUUAACAAUACCGGGUCCAGUCCAUCUGCAUCGUCUAUCCGGCUCCGGUCCAGACCAGACUCUUUCUUGAUCCUCUGUCGAUGCUUCAGCUUGAUUACAUCUCUGGCCGCGAUUCUCUGCAUUGCUGUCAAUGUUCUCUCUGCCGUCCGAUCUUUCAAGAACGGAUCAGAUAUAUUCGAUGGAAUAUUCCGGUGUUACGCGGUGGUGAUUGCAAUGUUUGUGGUGGUGGCGGAGACUGAAUGGGGGUUCAUUAUGAAGUUCUCGAAGGUCCUAGAGUAUUGGGCUGGGAGGGGUAUGCUCCAGAUAUUUGUUGCAGUGAUGACCAGAGCUUACCCCGAGUACUUUGUGAUGCAUCAAGAGCUCUUUCUUCUUCAGAGCAUAGCCAGCUACCUGCUUCUUGCAUGUGGUGUGAUUUAUUUUAUAUCUGGAAUAUUAUGCAUUGGUGCUUUUAAGCGUGCUCGCCAGAAGAAAGAACUUUCUAGGGAUCAAGCAAUUAAGGAUCUCCAGGAUCUGGAGCGCCGUAAAGAAGAGCUCGAGUCACUGUUGAUUGUAGAGAAUGCUUGA